AUGGCCCUGGUGACCCUACAGCGCUCGCCCACGCCCAGCGCCGCCUCCUCCUCCGCCAGCAACAGCGAGCUGGAGGCUGGCAGCGAUGAUGACCGAAAGCUAAACCUCAGCUUAAGUGAGAGCUUUUUCAUGGUGAAAGGAGCAGCCCUCUUCUUACAACAGGGAAACAGCCCUCAAGGCCAGCGGAGUCCUCAGCAUCCCCACAAACAUGCAGGUGACUUGCCCCAACACCUUCAAGUAAUGAUCAACCUUCUGCGUUGUGAAGACAGAAUCAAACUGGCUGUGCGCUUAGAGAGCGCCUGGACGGACCGUGUCCGGUACAUGGUGGUGGUAUACAGCAGCGGGCGUCAGGACACGGAGGAGAGCAUCCUGCUGGGAGUUGACUUUUCCAGCAAGGAAAGUAAGAGCUGCACCAUCGGGAUGGUGCUCCGGCUGUGGAGUGACACGAAAAUCCACCUGGAUGGAGACGGAGGAUUCAGCGUGAGCACGGCAGGAAGGCUGCACAUCUUUAAGCCCGUGUCCGUCCAGGCCAUGUGGUCGGCCCUGCAGGUCCUGCACAAGGCCUGCGAAGUGGCCCGGAGACACAACUACUUCCCCGGGGGCGUGGCUCUCAUCUGGGCCACCUACUAUGAGAGCUGCAUUGGCUCUGAGCAGAGCUGUAUCAAUGAGUGGAAUGCCAUGCAGGACCUGGAGUCCACGCGGCCCGACUCCCCAGCCCUGUUUGUGGACAAGCCAACUGAAGGGGAAAGGACCGAGCGCCUCAUCAAAGCCAAACUUCGAAGCAUCAUGAUGAGCCAGGAUCUAGAGAACGUAACCUCCAAAGAAGGCUCUGAAUGGAAUGCAUCCAAUCUGGAGGAGCUGCAGGGCUCAGGCGUUGACUACAUUUUGAAUGUAACAAGAGAAAUAGAUAAUUUCUUCCCUGGCUUAUUUGCAUACCAUAAUAUCCGAGUCUAUGACGAAGAGACCACAGACCUGCUCGCCCACUGGAACGAAGCGUAUCAUUUUAUAAACAAAGCAAAGAGGAACCAUUCCAAGUGCCUGGUCCAUUGCAAAAUGGGGGUCAGCCGAUCAGCGUCCACCGUCAUCGCUUAUGCCAUGAAGGAAUUUGGCUGGCCGCUGGAAAAGGCGUACAACUACGUGAAGCAGAAGCGCAGCAUCACACGGCCCAACGCCGGCUUUAUGAGGCAGCUGUCUGAGUAUGAAGGCAUCUUGGACGCAAGCAAACAGCGGCACAACAAGCUGUGGCGUCAGCAGACCGGAAACAGCCUCCAGCAGACCACCGAGGGCCCUGCGGGACCUGGGGACUUCUUGCCAGAGGCCCUGGACAGCUCCCUGGAAGCCCAGCUGCCAGGCCCAGACGAGGAUGCCCAGCCUGGACCCCCAGGCAGCAGGGCUCCUGUCCCCUGCUGUUUCCGGCAACUCUCGGACCCCCUCCUGCAUUCCCCCAACAAUGAAACUUGCAGCUCGGUCCAGCUUGAUGACCUGGAGAGGGACGCUCUGUUGGAGGAGGCAGCUCAGCUGGCAGAGGUGCACCUGCCCACCAGGCAGCCCCCAGAAAGCUCCAGACCCUGCGAAAAGGAAGGGAAGAAGCAGCUAGCAUUUGAGGUCCCCAAAGGCCGAAGUGGCUCCUGGCCCCAAAUGGAGGAGAUGGAAAGGGAGGAGGGCUUAGCAGCAGGGAGGUGGGAGAGGCCCCCUGCCCAGCUUGAUAAAAACCUACUCAACCGGGAAAACCUGAACAACAACAACAGCAAGCGGAGCUGCCCAGAGGACUUUGAGCACGACGCUAUAUUCGGGAUCCUUAGCAAAGUGAAGCCUUCCUACAGACCCUGUGCUGACUGCAUGUACCCUACAGCCAGCGGGGCUCCAGAGGCCUUUAGGGAGCAGUGUGAGAACCCCAGCACACCCACCAUCUGCACCCAGCCAACCUUCCUGCCACACCUCACAUCCUCUCCCAUGGCCCACCUGUCCAGCAGGUCCCGAGCUUUGGAGAAGCUGGCCUCUGGCCCGACCGAGACCCCUCCUUCUCUACCACCAGCAGGCUCCAGGAAGCCAGGCACCAGUGGCUCUGGGCCUGGGGCUGCCCCGGACCUACCAGCUAGCCUUUUGGAACCUUCCAGAGAGACCCAAAAAGUUCUGCCAAAGUCCCUCCUUUUGAAGAAUUCUCACUGUGACAAGACCCUGCCCAGCAUGGAAGUGGUGAAAGAAGAACCGCCUCCCAAGAAGGACUCAAAACCGGCUAAGGACCUGCGGGUCCUGUUCAGUAGAGAAUCCGAGAAGCCGAUGACCAGCAGCUACUUGAUGCAGCACCAAGAGUCCAUCAUGCAGCUGCAGAAGGCAGGCUUGGUCCGCAAGCACACCAAAGAGCUGGAGAGGUUGAAGAGCGUGCCAGCGGACAUGGCGUCCCCCUCCAGGCUGGAGGCCAGCAUUCCCGAGGAAGGGCAGGAGCUGGCUCCACUCUGUCUGCCGGGGCCCCCGGCUUUGCCCUGCCAGGCUGGGAGUGAGGAGAAAUCGGAGGCCGUCCCCCCACCAUUGGAAGGAGCCUGUCUCAAGAGCCCUACUCCCUGGCUCUGCCGCCUGGAUCAUACCAGUCACUUCUCGAAAGACUUCCUGAAGACCAUCUGUUACACCCCCACCUCAUCCUCCAUGAGCUCCAACCUGACCCGGAGCUCCAGCAGCGACAGCAUCCACAGCGUGCGAGGGAAGCCGGGCCUGGUGAAGCAGCGGACGCAGGAGAUCGAGACCCGGCUCCGGCUAGCCGGCCUCACGGUCUCCUCCCCACUCAAGCGCUCGCACUCCCUCGCCAAGCUCGGGAGCCUCAACUUCUCCACGGAAGAUCUGUCCAGCGAGGCUGACGUGUCCACUAUCGCCGACUCGCAAGAUGCCAAGUCAAGCGAGUCUUCCUUCUUGCAUGAGCCCCAGCCCACCCCAAGGAACACAGUCACAACCUCUAAGCCAUCAGGGAGGUCUGCCCCAGGAAACUUGACAAGCCCCUCACAGGGCAGCAAAAGCUGA